GGCAACAGUGGCAACACUCUUGUGGGACUGGCAACACUCUUGUGGGACUCAAUUUGAAAUCAAAUUCUAAUCCUGUUUUGGUAAAAUCGAAAGAACUGAAGAAAUAAGCUACAAAAAGUAAAGAAAUCUACCAGGUACCCACCGAAUGACAUUCAUGGCUUAGCUGGCUUCAUAAAGAUCCAUUCCGACUUGCGAAGUCUGAGCUUGCUUUUGCUGGGAAGGAAGCUGUGAAUGAGGAGGAAAAAGAUACAGUGUACACAAGAAAGGAGCAACAAUCGACCAUGACUCUGCACUCCAAGCUACUACUACCGGUGGUACUGCAGCAUGCCUUGCUGCUAUUGAUUUGUUCCGUUAUCCCUUUUGCUCACUGUUUCACCGUCUGUCCGAGGGUUCCUCUUCCCCACCAGCAGCAUCAUGGGACGCAUCAUCUUCCAUUAUUGUCGUCUUCCGCAAACAACAACAACGACACUAAUGAGGAUGCGAUUGUUGUGAAUCAUGUCACGUUGGAAUACUGUACGGGGUGUCGAUGGAUGGCGCGUGGAAUUUGGAUGGCACAGGAAUUAUUGACGACGUUCAACGAUGGUCCCCUGAGUGCCGUGACACUGGUACCCAGUCGACCUCCUCCCGGCGCCACCUUUUGCGUGACGCACACCGCAUUUGAUAGUACUAUUGAUGGUAGCGAGACGACCGUCCUAUGGGACCGCAAGGCGCAAGAAGGAUUCCCCGAACUCAAAGAAUUGAAGCAGUUGGUCCGAGAUCACAUUGAUCCCGACCGAUUCUUGGGACACAGCGACAAAGGAGACUCAUCCACCACUGAUGGAUCGGAGUCGGAGGAAGAAGAGUCCAUCCCCAUGCCAUCCAGUGAGGACGUACGCAGCGUCAUUCAAUCGCAAGUCAAACAGCCGCAUGUGGCCAUUCAAUAUUGUACGGGAUGCCGUUGGAUGUUACGGAGUGCCUACUUUGGCACCGAGUUGUUGACCACCUUUGGAGACGAAAUCAAUUCCUUCACACUCAUUCCCAGUCGACCACCGGAACAGGGAGGUAUGUUUGUCGUUUCCGUCAAUGGCAAAGUCAUUUGGGAUCGAGCUCAACAGGGAGGGUUCCCAGAAGUACCCGUACUCAAACAAAAAAUAAGAGAUAUUUUGGCGCCUAACAAGAGUCUCGGGCAUAGUGAUGAUGAUGAACAUCAGGGGGAGGGCCAUGAUGAUGAUGAUGAUGACGACCAAAUGGAUGACGACGAGGCAGCCGAUAUGAGAGCCUUUUAUGGUGUUCAAUAAUAAUGAUCGAAUUCAGUACAACCUACCGUUCCUACUGUACACCAAUAGCCACAACGGCAUGCAGCGUCCAGGGAAGUAGCAAGGAA